GCACAACUGAGACUGACUCGGAUUGCCGCGCCCCCGACUUUAUCGUGAAAGAAAAAAAAUUUGGUUCCGCUCCCAGUGUUUCGAUAUUGGGAAUGGCGGAUUUGAAACUCGAUCUAGCAGAACAAGGUAAAAUGUCAAUUGUCACGAGGACUAUUGUCUCGCUAAGACCGACGAUAUGCCAAUAUACUAUUGUAAGGGCAGCAAACCACAGGGGUAUAAUUCCAAAUACUGCUGUUGGUGGAGUUGACAAAGAUGGUUUUAGAAUACUACAGUUGAUCCCCAAACCAGCUGAAAAACAGCAAAAAAAAAUUAAAAAGUAUGAAUGUGAGCCUCCAAGAGAAAUAGAAAUGCGUGUUGAUCAAGACUGGCCUUCAGUAUGGCCAGGUCAGAAAACAUUUCAUCCAGCAUCAGUACCACUACCACUUCGACAAGGUUACCCAAUGAAAGGUCAAGGACCACCAGGAAAGUAUGCCAAUGUGGAAUUGAUGAAAAUUCCAAAUUUUCUACACUUAACUCCACCCGCCAUCAAAAGACACUGUGAAGCAUUAAAACAAUUUUGCACAGAAUGGCCAGCUGGGCUUGAAACAGAUGAUGAAUGCAAUACACAUUUCCCACUAGACGUUAUUACUUCAGACUAUUGUUACUCUGGUCCUUCUAUUAGAGAUCCUCUAGCAAGGAUUGUCACUUUCAAGUUAAAAUUAUCUAGUUUGAAAUUAGAUCAGCAUGCAAAAGAUAAACUUCUAAGAUUACUUGGGAAGAGGUAUGAUCCAGAAACAGAUCUAAUAACAAUCACGACUGAUCGUUGUCCAAUGAGAAAACAGAAUUAUGAUUAUGCCGAGUACCUUUUGACUGCUGUAUACCAUGAAUCUUGGCGUAAAGAAGCAUGGGAGGAUGAGAAAAGCUUGGCAGAUAUGGAGUAUUAUGACUGGGACAAACAUCAGAGUAGGAAGAACCUAGUGACAAUAUAUGCUUGGCCUGAAGUACCACAAGAUUAUGAUUACGAACAAAUACCACAUGCAGUAGAGUAUAAAAUAGCUGUUACAGAUUUAAUUAAUAAUGGCGAAGAUGAUCAUUCUAUUAAUAAGUAUAAGGAAGCUGUAAAGAAACUGUUAUUCUUAAAUCCUAAAAAAGAUCCAAAUGAUAGUAAAUAAAUCUGUUAAAUUUGUAAAUAAUAAUUGAUAAAUCAAUUUUAUAACAACCUUCAUUCAAUUUUUUAUUGAUUGUAUCAAACAAUUUCAUAUCAAAAACUAUCUACUGUUAAGUUUUGAAAAUAAAAAACCAUGUGCCUAUGAUUUACAAAAUA